AAGUACACAAAAUAAAGGUGGAAUGUGCAUUUGUCAUACAAGGAGAGCUUAAAAAUAUAAAAAAAUAAAUUAAAAAUGGUCUAAAAUUUAUAUUACAAUGUAAUAGUUGUCAUUCUUACGCAAACAAAGUGCUUCUAUGCUGCCUCCAUUUUUACCAUUCAAUGUACCGUAAACUCAAUUUCCCAUCAUACCCUACUCCGCGGUGGAAUCCGUGACGCAUAUUUUAGUCGACCGUGUGGCAGAGAACUGACCCGUCCAAACUGAGCUGACUGUCUGUAAUAAAACCCUUUUUUUCUUGUCAUGCAAAAUAGUUUCGCUGACACGUAACGUGACUAAACUUUCUAUUCACUGAGAUGCGUCGCCUACUUUACCCGAGAGCUACUUUGUUUUGUUGUUUAUUUAGUUCCCUGUAGCGCAAGGAUACACAGCUCAGCAGCAGUAGUAGUUCGUUCCAACAUGAGUCUUCCAGCUCUGCACAACACCGGCGUGCUUUACCGGAGAAUCCUGGCCCAGUUCCCGCAGGACAUCAGCGUGGCUUUCGCAUACGGCUCCGGUGUUUUCCAGCAGCAUGGCAUCAGCCAAGGUCAGAUGGAGAAAAACAUGCUGGACUUUGUGUUUGCUGUGGACGACCCAGUGACAUGGCACACCAUGAAUCUACUGCAGAAUAGGAAGCAUUAUUCCAUCCUCAAGCUGUUGGGUCCUGCCAUGAUCAGCUCCAUCCAGAGCGAUUACGGGGCUGCGGUUUACUACAACACCUUGGUGCCUGUGGAUGGAAGGAUGAUCAAAUAUGGUGUGAUAAGUACAGAGUCACUGAUUGAUGACCUGCUGCAUUGGAAGACCUUGUAUGUCGCUGGACGUCUUCACAAGCCGGUGAAGAUGCUGGCGCAGAAUGAGAAUGCAAAGCUGAGGGCCGCUCUGGUUUCCAACCUGAAGAGUGCGGUGACGGCCUCCAUCCUCAUGCUGCCUGAGAGCUGCUCCGAGGAUGACCUCUUCCUGCAGAUUGCUGGACUUUCAUAUGCUGGCGACUUUAGGAUGGUGAUUGGAGAGGACAAGUCCAAGGUGGCCAACAUCGUCAAAGACAACAUGCAGCACUUCAAGACUCUGUACAGCAACAUCCUACGGGACUGCCCACAACUCGUCUACAAGCCUCAGCAAGGAAAACUCGAGGUAGACAAAAGCCCUGAAGGCCAGUUUGUCCAGCUAAUGGCUUUACCUCGAACUCUCCAGCAAAGAAUCACGAAGCUGGUGGAUCCUCCAGGAAAAAAUCGGGACGUGGAGGAGAUCCUGUUGCAGGUGGCGCAGGACCCCGAGUGUGGAGCUGUUGUGCAACAAGGAAUCUCAUCCAUUGUUAAAUCCUCCAGUAUAACACAGAGCAUCAAAGGAAUUGCUACAGCUGGCUUGUGGAAAACGACAUCGUACAGCUCCAGAAAGCUGAUGAAGAUGUGGAGGGGCUCCAGGCGGAAGCCUUCUGUCUCACAGAUGUCCUGAACUUGUCUGUCCGCAAACCUGCCUGCAAUUGUUUCUGAGAUGAGACAUGAUACUCCAGGAACCACUGUGACUGAUCCCAUCCUGGUGUCAGGCUGCGCCACAGCCACCUCUGAACUCUUCCUCACUGAACUCAUACAUACAUACUGUACACAUUAUCGUGUUAAAUGUUGCAGUGACGGAGCUAUGAGAAUAAAAAGAACUGCACAAAGUCUGCAGAAACACAGCCUGAAACAUUUACCUCAAGUUCAAAGGAGAACUUUUUGUUGUUUAUUUGUCAGAAGUGCAUAAAGUUACUCUUGAUGGAUGAUUCUUUCUGGUAAGCUUCACAAAGGCUCUUGUUUUAACACAUUCAGAUUGACCCAGCUCUGAGAAAAGACAAUUCUAACACAAUGUUCUGUCUUAAACCCAGCUGUGAAACUUUGUCUUGGUCUUAUAUUUCCAUGUUAAUGUUUUAUAUCCAGCAUUUUUUUCCCUUUGCCAAAGAUCAGUUUAGAAUCACUCAUGACCUUUUUUUAUCUGGUGCUCAUUGGCUGCAUUUUCAUUUUUUUUUGCCCCUUUAACAGUAUGUGCUCUAACACACCUAAAAACCAUGUGUUUAAUGCACUUUUUAAUUAAACAACUACCGGACUCAC